AUGGCCAUCUCGCCUCAGAAAUACGCACUUGUCAUAGGAGGGAGCUAUGUAGGCAUCAAAGCAGCCCAAGAACUAGCACAAAAUGGCAAUGGCCGAUACCACGUUGUACUGGUCGAAGCAAAUUCUCACUUCCAACAUCUAUUUGCAUUUCCUCGGUUCGCAGUGGCCACGGGCGUUGAGACCCACAAGGCCUUCAUCCCAUACAACCCUGGUACAUUCCGUGAUUGCCCCGAAGGCUGGGGUACCAUAAUUCAGGCCAGAGCAAUCGACCUCACCAACAACGAAGUCAAGCUUGAUCGGAUGGUUGAGUUCGAAGGCGGGCAGGUGGACAGUCUACCAUAUUCAUAUCUUGUCAUCGCAACAGGCACAAAGCUCUCCCCACCGUCCACCCUACCAGGGUCAGAUAAACUGGGUGGAGUCGACUAUCUCCAGAAGCACGUUCAGAAAAUCCGACGAAGUUCCAAAAUUGCCGUCAUCGGCGCAGGUGCUGUCGGAGUCCAAAUGGCCACUGACGUCAAGGAGCUCUACCCAGAGAAGGACGUUACUUUGAUACAUUCCCGAAACCAUCUUAUGAACACUUUUGAUGGAAAGCUACACGAGAUCGUGAAGGACCGCUGCGACGAGCUCGGUAUCAAACUGGCCUUGGGAUCAAGAGUCAAGUUGCCUCCAGGAGGAUUCCCAACUGAUGGUCGUGCUUUCGACAUCGAGCUUGUCGAUGGCCGAAAGGUUGGAACAGAGUUGGCCAUAGUCUGUACAGGUCAGACACCUCGCUCGGAGAUACUCUCGACCCUAACACCAACGACAAUCAACGAGAGCAAGUUUAUCACCUUACUUCCGACCCUGCAGAUCGCUGACCCACGACAUCCCAACAUCUUCGCACUGGGAGACGUGGCGAACACCGGUGCCCACAAAGCCGCUCGACCAGGCUUCAACCAGGCCCUUGUCGUCGUCAAGAACAUUUUGCAUCUGGAGAGUAAGGAGGCAUUAGAGGAUUACGACUUCAGUGGCAUGCCUGCAGCUAUUCAUCUCACCCUUGGGAUCAAGAAGAACGUCCUUUUCACUGACAAGCGUGAUGGGUACCCGCAGGCUAAACAUAGGGAUGAUGGGGUGUUGGAUAUGGGUAUCGGUGCUGUGUGGCAGAGGAGAGGAGGAGGAGUGGAUGCUAUGCUUUGA